GCUCCGUCAUCACGCACAACAUGUUGCCUGAUGCUGGUGCUGGUGCAAAUGCGGGUACCACUUUUUGCCUUCACCUGGGUGCUGGCGUAACCGGCUCGUCUAUCAUUAGUUGAAACUUUCUUUUGUACGUCCUGCUCGCUUCCUCACCUUACCAUUGGUGACAACUGUAUCGCUACUUCUUUCCACCUUUACUUGCUGCACGUCAAACCAGGUACUGGAGCGACUGUACGUUUGCUGCAACGUGAAACGCCACCGGAUCACGUAACUCCUAAAGUUCUACACUUCUUUUUAGGCUGGCAUAGUUGGACGAUCCUACAUCUUGUCUUACUUGAGCCCUUCUCCUUCCUCUGCGUUCAGUCUUCAAAGAAGCUCCAUACCCUUCUACACACACACACCUAUUACCGUUAUCCGACACAUAGUAAUAGCCACUCCUCCAAAGCUAUGGACAGACCACAAGUCUCAAUACCACCUGCUGCGAAUAUCCUUGGUACCCUCGGCACUGGUUGUUGGUGUAUACAAAUCAUCCCACAGAUAUGGACAAACUGGCGGCGGAAGAGCACAGAAGGCCUUCCUGGCACCAUGCUCAUUCUCUGGUCGAUAUGCGGCGUGCCAUUUGGUGUCUACGCAAUUGUCCAGAACUUCAACUUUGCUCUCAAAUUCCAACCUCAAGCCUUCGCCUCCCUCACCUUGAUCGCAUGGGGUCAAACGCUCUACUACCACAACAAAUGGCGUGUCUGGACCGCUACUCUCGCGACCAUUGCUCUGGCUGCUAGCUUCGGUAUCAUGGAGCUCAUUCUCAUUCUCACCCUGCGUGGGCCAUAUUCCCGAGGCGUCGAAUGGCCUAUGAUGUUGAUGGCUAUUUCCGCAUCCGUCAUCCAAGUCAUCGGUCUCAUUCCUCCGUACUUUGAACUCGCGAAGAGGAACGGUCGCGUUAUCGGCAUCGACUUUUGGUUUCUAACCAUCGAUUACCUCGGCGCCUUCUUCUCCCUCAUGGCUGUUGUCGCACAACAGUGGUUCGAUGCCCUCGGCGCCAGUCUCUACAUUGCGUGCAUGGCCCUCGAAACCGGUAUCUUCGUUUCCCAGGCUAUCUGGCUGUGGCGCGUACGCCAUGUCCGCAAGGAGGCGAAGAAGGCGGGUAAGACGUACGAUGAGUAUGUCAAGGAGAACCAAGGAAAGAAGUUGCCGAGGUGUGGAAGUGAGGAGACAUUCGUCGAUGUCGAAGCGGGUGCCGGAGGCGGAGGAUGUGAGAAAAAGACGACGACGAUUGGUGGCGGGGAGUAUGAUGCGGGCAAUGAAAAAGCCGACGUGAAAGCUUCCACGACACGAGAAGAAGGUUGCGAUACGUUGACGGCGGAUGCGACAUCUACAGCGACAUCGCCAUCGACGCCGACUCCGAUAUUUGCAUCGAUGACGAGCGCGACAUCGUCCGAAACACUCCAGACACCACCGGCUGCUGUCUUGAAGUCCAGCACAUCUGGCUGAUCGUUGUCGUUCCACUUGUUUUCUCUUUUUUUUUUCCUGAUUGUCUUGGCUGCUUUGCGAAGAGCGGCAGGUUCCUCUCUCUGUUACUUCAUGUCCCCUGUACGAUACCUCAUGAUGCGACUACGGUGCAUAAUAUCCCCCUUUUAUUUCUUUUCCUCUUCGUCUUCGACGAGUAAAAGCUCUGCCUUCUCCUCUGGCAGGAGAUCAAAAAAGCUGUUUUCGGUUUGUCCUCUUCUUAUAAAGGUCGUCGUUGAUUGGGCGGACAUCUUUCAUUGGCUUUCUGGUGGGAGGGCUAGGGAAAAGCGGGGUGCGGGAUGGUAUGGCACGUCACGGCUUGUACGAGUAGGAGUGCAUGACUAAUAACACGGUUACUCUGACAUUGUGCG